AGUUAAUAAUAUGAUAAGAUAUUAGGCACAAAUGAUCAGAUUAUUAAUUUUAUGAGACUACACGAGAACGUACUUACCUAUAUAAAAUGAUAAUAUAUUUACCUGACUGACUACUGUCCUUAUUCUUCAUAUUCAUCAUAGGAAAAAAACCAGGAGAAAUAUUAAUAAAUACACUUGUUUGGUGAUUUUACCUGAUAUUCCUGAACACCAUAAUUUUCUUAUGAGAUGAUGGUAAAUUCAUUAUUAUUAGGUUUUUUAGCAAUAACCGUUAUUUAUAUCGUUAUUCACAGUUAUUCCAAACUUGUUACGAUUUGCAACUUUUUGCAACCUUAGCGAUUGUAUAGGAUUUGACAGUUGUGAUAAUGUAAUGACACCAUGAGAGUGACAUGACAUUGCAUUGACUUCAUUUUGUAGUUGUAGAGAUUGCAUUUUGCACUCGAAAAGUUUAUUUUUAUUGUUAUAAUAACAUUUUUAGGCAUUAGGAUAUAUACGUAUUGUUAUUGUUACUCGACAAGUUUAUCAAUCAUUUGUUAGCCUCUGCUCGGGAAAGAUGACUCUACGCUGGGGAAUUGUAACAGCUGGCAAGAUCAGCAAUGACUUCGUCAAUGCGUUUAACUCGUAUCCUGAGAAGGGCGACCAGGAGAUAGUCGCAGUGGCAGCCAGGAACAAGGACAGGGCUGAGGAGUUCGCGAAACUUCACAGUAUUGCUAAAGUGUUUGAUUCAUACCAGGCAUUAGCUAACAGCAGCGAUAUAGAUGUUGUCUACAUCGGCGCUUUGAAUAAUGACCAUUAUGGACUCUGCAAGAUGUUCCUUGAAAAUGGAAAACAUGUUCUUUGUGAGAAACCUUUCUGUCUGAAUGCGAAACAAACUCAGAGCGUGAUAAACCUCGCGCGCAAGAAGAAUUUGUUCAUCAUGGAAGCUGUUUGGACUCGUUUCUCACCGGCUUACAUUGAUGUUGAGAAAGAGAUUGAGGCUGGUGCUCUCGGAGAAAUUAGAUUCAUCGAGGGUAAUUUCGGAAUUUACUGCGAAAGUGAUAGAGUUUUGAAAAAGGAAUAUGGCGGUAGUACUGUGCUUGAUAUCGGUAUUUACUUAUUGCAACUAUCUCAAUAUGUUUUCAAAGAAGAACCAAAGAAUGUAACAGCUGUUGGUAAACUCAAUGACGAGGGGGUGGAUGAAAGCGAGACUAUCAUUUUGGAUUAUGGAAAUGGCAGGCGAGCUGUGCUCAAUACUCAGUCCGGUUUAGUUCUCAAGAACAACGCUACGAUUUAUGGAACGAAGGGUCGUAUUACGAUCGAGGAUCCGUUCCACUUUCCUGAUAAAGUAACACACGUUGAUGGUUCACUGAGAACGUACCCGUUACACACUUCUAAGUUGCCGUACGUCUAUGGAAACAGCGCUGGUCUCGUCUAUCAGGCUCUUGAAGUCGCCAGGUGCAUUCGAGCUGGAUUGAUCGAGUCACCCCGAAUGUCGCACAAGGAGACUGUUGUACUAGCCAAAUUAAUGGACACUGUUAGAAGCCAGCUGGGUGUUCACUAUGAUGCUGAUGAUGAAGAAUAUCCUUGAAUGCUAUCCGAGAAACAACUAAGACACACUUGUAAUCGUCCGUCUAUAA